GAAGGAAGUGACGCUGUUGACAUGACAGUUUAAAUAUGAAUGAAUAUGAGACCAUAAUAUUGGCUGUUUCUUCAAGUCGUCUUAAUAUUUAAUAAACGUCCCCCGUGUUCAUGUCAGAUCUGUUCACUUGAUGUUCUAAUGAUUUUAAUGUGAAGAGAAAGAGAUAAAACUUGGAACAGAAACAUCCUCCCGUUAAACCCGAUUUCUUGGAAAUGGAGAGAGGAGGAGCAACGAAAGUGAUAGUGUUCAGUCUGAGUUUUUUUCAGAUUAUCCAUUUUCAGGCGACAGAGCAGAAAGAAGAGAAGUGGUUGAAGCAGGGUUCCAUAUCUGAGCAGCAGAUUAGCUGUUCAGAACUGAUGGAAGUCCAGAGGAUGAAGGAAGAGGAGAACGGAGCAGAGUCUAUGAAGAAUGACUGGUCCAAAGAAUUAAAACCUCCAGACUUCAGUAGAGAACCUGGACCCUCAGACACAAAAUGUCUGCACCACAGAGAGAGACCAGAGUCUACAGUCUCCGUCUACAGUCUGUCUAUGAAGAGCGACAGGUCCAAAGAACAUCCUCCAGGCUUCAGUAAAGAACCUGGACCCUCAGACACAAAAGAGAGGAAGAGGAGUCCUGUUUCUGUGGAAGAGCAGCUGUCCUGCUGUGCUUUGUGUCAGGACGUCCUGAAGGAUCCAGUCUCUAGCAGCUGUGGACACUGGUUCUGUAGACAGUGCAUCACCUCAUACUGGGACCAGUCUGCUUCAUCAGGACACUCCUCCUGUCCUCAGUGUGGACAAAGACCCAGAACAACUGAUGUUGGUCUGCAGGAGGUUUUAGAUGAACAUAAGAUCAGUCUGAGGAGGAGAUGUGAACAUGUGACUGAAGGAACUGAUGUAACAGGAAGAGGAACCCUCCUCAACAGGAUCUACACUGAGCUCUAUAUCACAGAGGGACAGAGUGAAGAGGUUAAUACCCAACAUGAGGUGAAGCAGCUUGAAACAGCUUCCAAGAGGAAGGCCCCCAAUGACGCUCCAAUCAGGUGCCAGGACAUCUUUAAAGCCUCACAUGACCAACAGAGACACAUCAGACUGGUUCUGACCUAUGGCAUCGCUGGCAUUGGAAAAACCUUCUCAGUGCAGAAGUUCACUCUGGACUGGGCAGAGGGUUUGGAAAACCAGGAUGUCAGUGUGGUGAUUGUGCUUUCGUUCAGGGAGCUGAACUUGAUCAAAGAUGAGCAGUACAGUCUUCUCAGGCUGCUCCAUGUCUUCCAUCCAACGUUACAGAAGGUCACAGCAGAGCAGCUGGCUGUCUGGAAACUUUUGUUCAUCUUUGACGGUCUGGAUGAAAGCAGACUUUCACUGGACUUCAACAACAGUGAGGUUGUGUCUGAUGUCACACAGAAGGCAUCAGUCAACGUCCUGCUGACAAACCUCAUCAAGGGGAAGCUGCUUCCCUCGGCUCUGGUCUGGAUCACUUCCAGACCUGCAGCAGCCAAUCAGAUCCCUCCUACAUGUGUUGACAGGGUAACAGAUGUACGAGGCUUCACUGAUGCCCAGAAGGAGGAGUACUUCAGUAGGAGGUUCAGAGAUGAAGAGCUGUCCAGCAGAGUCAUCUCCCACAUCAAGACCUCCAGGAGCCUCCACAUCCUGUGUGGAGUCCCAGUCUUCUGUUGGAUCACUGCUACAGUUCUAGAGCACAUGUUGACUACAGGGCAGAGAAAAGAGCUGCCCAAGACCCUGACUGAUAUGUACUCACACUUUGUGAUGGUUCAGACAAAGAGGAAGAAGGACAAGUACCAUGAGGGACAUGAGACAAGUCCACAGGAGCUGAUAGAGGCUGACAGGGAAGUUCUUCUGAAGCUGGGGAGGCUGGCGUUUGAACAUCUGGAGAAAGGAAACAUCAUGUUCUAUGAAGAAGACCUGGAGCGUUGUGGUCUGGAUGUGACAGAGGCCUCAGUGUACUCAGGAGUUUGUACAGAGAUCUUGAAAAGAGAGAGUGUGAUCUUCCAGAAAUCAGUUUACUGCUUUGUUCAUCUAAGUGUUCAGGAGUUUCUGGCUGCAGUCUACAUGUUCCACUGUUACACCAGCAAGAAGACAGAGGUACUGAAGAACUUCCUGGGGAGAGACUACUGGGUCUCCACAGUGUAUCUGGAGGACUUCCUGUAUGGAGCCAUGAAGAAAUCUCUGCUCAGUAAAAAUGGUAAUCUGGACCUGUUUGUUCGCUUCCUUCAUGGCCUUUCACUGGAGUCCAACCAGAGACUCUUAGGAGGCCUUCUGGGACAAACAGAGAACAGUCCAGAAAUCAUCCAGAGAACCAUCAACAAGCUGAAGGGGAUGAACACUGAUAAAAUGUCUCCUGACAGAAGCAUCAACAUCUUCCACUGUCUGAUGGAGAUGAACGACCUCUCAGUUCAUCAGGAGAUCCAAGAGUUCCUGAAGUCAGAGAACAGAUCAGAGAAGAAACUCUCUGUGAUCCAGUGCUCAGCUCUGGCCUACAUGCUGCAGAUGUCAGAGGAGGUUCUGGAUGAGUUGGACAUGGAUCUGUACAACACAUCGGUGGAGGGACGACGGAGACUGAUCCCAGCUGUGAGGAACUGCAGAAAGGCUCAAUUAACUGGAUGUGGGCUCUCAGUGACUCACUAUGAAAUUGUGUCCUCAGUUCUGAAGUCCAACCCUUCCUAUCUGACAGAGCUGGACCUGAGUGAUAAUGAGCUGGAGGAUUCAGGAGUGAAGCAUCUGUCUGCUGGACUGGAGAGUCCAAACUGUAGACUGGAGACUCUGAGGUUGAUGAGAUGCAGUUUGUCAGAGAUCAGCUGUUAUUAUCUGGGACCAGCUCUGAAGUCCAACCCAUCCCAUUUGAAACAUCUGAGCCUGAGUGAGAACAGCAACCUGAAGGAUCCAGGAGUGAAGCAGCUGUGUGGUUUUCUGGAGAGUCCAGACUGUAGACUGGAGACUCUGAGGUUGAUGAGCUGCAGGUUGUCAGAGAUCAGCUGUUAUUAUCUGGUCUCAGCUCUGAAGUCCAACCCCUCCCAUCUGAAACAUCUGGACCUGAGUGAGAACAACCUCAAGGAUUCAGGAGUGAAGCAGCUGUGUGGUUUUCUGGAGAGUCCAGACUGUAGACUGGAGACUCUGAGGUUGAUGAGCUGCAGUUUGUCAGAGAUCAGCUGUUAUUAUCUGGUCUCAGCUCUGAAGUCCAACCCCUCCCAUCUCAAACAUCUAGAGCUGAGUGACAACAACCUGAAGGAUUCAGGAGUGAAGCAGCUGUGUGGUUUUCUGGAGAGUCCAGACUGUAGACUGGAGACUCUGAGAUUGAGUUGCUGCAAGUUGUUAGAGAUCAGCUGUUAUUCUCUGGUCUCAGCUCUGAAGUCCAACCCCUCCCAUCUCAAACAUCUAGAGCUGAGUGACAACAACCUGAAGGAUUCAGGAGUGAAGCAGCUGUGUGGUUUUCUGGAGAGUCCAGACUGUAGACUGGAGACUCUGAGGUUGAAUAAAUGCAGGUUGUCAGAGAUCAGCUGUUAUUAUCUGGUCUCAGCUCUGAAGUCCAACCCCUCCCAUCUGAAACAUCUGGACCUGAGAGACAACAACCUGAAGGGUUCAGAUGUGAAGCAGCUUCUUGAUCUUGUGGAGAGUCCAGACUAUAAACUGGAGACUCUGAGGUGGAAGUGAUAAACAGAAGUGAGCAGCUCAGUCACUGUUGGAAUUAUUGUACAAACGUUAUCCCAUAUUUACUCAUCUACUCCCAUAUAACCUCCUAGUAUGCCAAUGUGCAACGGUAUAUGUCUGUAGAGUUGCUCUGCAGGAAGGAGAAGUAGGGGGAUGCGAUUUCUGCUGAGUCAUCCCAUAGCCGCGAUUUCUGCUGAGUCAUCCCAGAGCUAUCAGUGACAUGCAGGAAGUGUGUCUCCGCCGCAGAAAUACAGCUGAAGACGGAGCAUACAGUCCUGUGGACAAGGUCAAAGCGAUUAAACAUGUACCAAGAAGAAGAUAUUGCUUGUGUCGUUUGAGAAGUUGCAGCUAUGUGCUCCCCCUCCACAUUAGCGCUGCAACUUCUGUUGUAACCAGGGACCUCCCUAAGGAAAUAAAGAGAGGGUACGGCAAGGUACUCUUCAGAGCUGUAGGAGAAUGUAACUGAACGUAUCUCUGUCCGUUCUCCUCGCGAGUAAAAAGUAA